AGAAUUCAACAACGAUUAGGGACUAUUGGAAACGUUUCACAGAUUACUCUGGAAACGCGACUGUCCCGCUGCGACCCAUGACGGAUUUUCACUGGCGAUGUUCCCUAUACCGAAGGCGUUUCACUGCGAUUCAUUCGGCUGUCUCCGACAGCAUCCAUAAUGCAAUUCGUUAAUUAAUGUAUCAAGGACACAACAAAACCAAGCGACAAUGGAAGGAUUAUAUCGGGAUGCCACACAGAAACCGAGCGCCGGGAUGGCGUCCUGCCACACUUCGCGGCAUUUACUUGGGCUCGCUGGCUGGGCUCAUGUUGACAAUGUUGAUCACGAUAGGAGGGAUUUAUCUGGGUAGUGCUGCAAGAGGCGGACUCGCGAUCUUUAGCUCAACCGAAGACAUAGCUACGGCACAACAAGUGGCAUACACCUUUGUGCCCAUGGUGAUGGGUGUCAUAAUAGGUGUCAUGUGGUCCUUCACCGAGUACGAUGCUCUUCGACUUGAGCCGUACUUCCUAUUAUCAAACCCCAAAGGUGCUUCCGCUGACACACUACUUCUCAACUAUGUAUUCGGCCAUUUCACAACGACCCCAUUUAAGGCAGCCCGCAACCGGCAUUGGGUGGCACUGUGCGUGUCAAUCCUGAGUAUUUCGUUGCAGUUGAUACUCCCAGCAGUCCUGGGUAACCUUGUCAGCGCAGAGGUAGUCUCUAUGCAUUUCCCGCAAACGCUAAAAACGUGGCCCAAGUUCAUCAAUCUAGACACGCAUGCCUACUGGACGUUUCACAAUAUGGCGAACCAAGCCCUCUCUAUCAACCAUGCCCAUUCGACUAGCGAUGUAAUUGGAUCCAGAAGAUAUGCGAUGCCCCCGGUUCAGACAUAUUGGAAUAGCGGAUCCGAGGAUGACAUGUGGAGGCUCAAUCAAUCGGUAUAUUGGGCAGAUGUGUCGUGCGCCUACGUCGAAAGUGAUGGUGUAUUUGCUGAUCUAUCACGUAUGGAAGGGGGUCAGCAAAGACUGCCCAUAUCUGAGCUUCUUCUGUCAGACCAAGGAGGUACUCGAUUGGCAAAUGUUGCGGGGGUUUUCGAGACUUGUACCGCGCGGCCCGAUCAAGAGGAAGAGAGAGACACUCCUCAAAUACAAUAUUGGAAGCUGUUGCAAUGGAAUGAGAACCCAAAGCUCUGUGGACAGUUCGACCUAGUCGGGGUAGCGGUACAUGCGAAUCAUGCGGUAUUAGCCGCACAACAUGGUUCGAACAAGACCUCCGACUGGUUUAGUCCAUUUGGGUGCAGUGUGGAUUAUAUGACGGCCGAGGCAGAGAUCACACUGUACGCGAAUGGCUCGAUCGCUUUGGUCGAUGUACAAUCGGAUACAGCUACAAAUCUGUCGGAGACUGGCUUUGAUACGGCAAAGUUUAGCAGCUCACUGCUGCGCAUGGCAGUCGCUACCAACAAUAUGGACGACCAGUACGGAAUGCUAUCCCAAGGUGACGUAUGGUCUGAAGUUGAUGCAGCCAUCAGUCAGUCCUUUGUCCCUUUGAUGAGCCGUACUUUUGACCUUCGACAAACUGUUCAUGUAAAGGGCACCCGUAUCGUUCAGCGGGUUGCAUUGAUUGUCCAAAAGAGUAGUGUCCGCGUAUCGGCAGUUAUCUUGACGUUUGGAGUGCUGCUUGUUGCGAGUCUCCUCUAUCUAUACCCACGUCGACCAAACUUUCUAGGCGGCAACCCUGCUUCGAUCGCAUCGAUGUGUUGCAUAGCUACAGAUGUCAUUGAUGCUACAAGCCUGGAGAAGCUGUCCCAGAUGGAACUCGAAGUGUUGUCGACCCGGCAGCUUCGAUCCUAUCUACGCAGAGGCAGCUGUAGCUGGAGGGAAACUCCUAAAGGAGAGCGUCUGGUUAUCUCCUUCCCCGAUGACUCCACUCCUCGAAGCCAAAAGAGAUCUCGGCGAAGGGCCGACCCUCCACCCCCUUUCCUCAUGAUCCCUAUCUUGAUCCUAGAAAUAUCGGCAUUCCUUGCCGCACUGGGAGGCAUGCUCGUUAUUAUUUCGAAGUCCUGGCUGUAUGGGUAUUUUCCACCUUUGACUGAUAUCAAAGUAGGCGACCUAAGAAGUAUAUGGAUGUUGCUCCCUCCCGUCAGUGCUGCUCUCAUACGGGGAUUGUAUAUAUCAGUUUACCAGAACUUCACUAUUUUGGAGCCUUGGUUCAUACUUCAAAAGGGAAACGCAACUGCUCGAUCCUCCUUUCUCCUAGACUAUGGGUCUCAGAGCCCAUUUGCCGUGGCGCUAAAAUGUUUCAAUCGUCGUUAUGUGCUCCUUGGUCUUGUAUCUUUGACGUGUAUUCUCAACACGAUCCUGACUAUUCUUGCAAGCGCUCUCUUCGCCCUGGAAUACACCCCGAUGGCUACCGGUAACAUCGUCGAAUCGGAAUAUGACGAUCGAUUCUACAAUGCCGGCAAUCACACUUCGAUCCUGGCUGAGGCCGAUCUGUUCCAGAGUAGCAUCUACACUGGCAUAUCUAUACUUCCUUGGACUACUACAGCUCACUCCUUGCUUCCUGUGCAGUCGAACAUGACUGAAGACCAAUGGGCUACCAGCCCAUUAGUCGGCAUCGGUGCCAACCUAACCUGCCAACGACUUUCUGUGGCAAAUAGCCAUUCUGAAGACAUUCUUUCAGGUCCGACCUAUUGGUGGCAUUCCCCAUCCGGGCAUCCAAAUACAACCUGCCGAAUCAGUGCGCAAGAAUCAGCCCUAAGUAGCUCAAAAGCGUCCUUUAAUGUCGACUUCAUCGUCCCGACCGAAUCAGACCAGAAACACCCCCUAUGCCAAAGGCCUGGGAUUCUCGUGGUUGCCCGAUCAAACGAGGCAGAUCUUGCUGAAGUUUCCCCAGAGAAUAUUGCCGCGCUGUACUGCGAGUCCAGUGCUACGAUCCAAACCUUCCUUGCCACCUUCGACCUUCGUGGAUAUGUCGAGAUCUAUGAUACUAUGAACGGAACCGCCAUCACGGAGGGCCCCAUGCUGGCAAAUGUCACUGCAAGCCUGGCUAAUUACAAUAGAGCAUUUGCGAAUCCACUUCAGGCUAAUACCACCCACUAUCCUCCAAAGGACCGUCAUAAAAUACUGCAAAACUGGUUCGGACUCUUGGCAGCCCAUGUGUACAAGCAGAAGAACACGAGCAAUUCAACCACAAUCGAUAUCGACCUCUUGAUCGAGGCAGCAACCCUAGUCUACCAGACAGUGUUUGCGACCGAUGUUACGUUGCAUCGUGACUUUCAUUUCAAUCGCCUGUCUAAGUCCGUGUCGGUCCCCGAUGCUACCAUUUUCGACACCUUCAUGUCCUUUAUUCCGGUUCGACCGGCUUUUAUCGUGGUCUUCCUGAUUAUUGCCUUUGACACAUUUGUCCUCAUGUAUGUGUUUAUCACAAGAAAGAGGAGAUUUGAUUUCCCCCGGAGUCCCCGAUCAAUUGGUUCAAUGCUUCCCUGGAUUGCCAAGAGUAAGAUGCUGGACGAUUUCAGAGACACUUCGUCGUGGAGCGCAUCUGAACGGGCGGCCCAUCUGAUGAAGUUAAGUAAGAGGUACGCUCUGAUUAGGACGGAUCUAGGCGGCGGGAAGAGGACGUAUGCACUGGAUGAGGAGCCUACUGUUGCAGGAGAGCGCGAUGGUCGUGAUAUGCCCUCCAAGGAACCUGUUGUUCGGAAUGCGCCUGUACAUAGUGAUAGUUAAUAAUGAUGCUUUCAACAGGACAUGAUUUUACUCUAUAGCUAGAGAAGGAAUG